AUGAGAAGGAUGUUGACGAUGCGGAGGAUGAUGAUGGCGCGGAGGAUUGGUGUCAGCAGGUGGCCGGUCUCGAAAUGUGCAACUUCCAUGCGCUACCAGUCGUCGCAGUCGCCGUCACAGUCGCCGUCGCAGUACUCGGAGAAACUGUUACAAGAGGCAAAGAGGAGGGGGUUUAACAGCGUCGAGGAAUUGAAAGACCACCUGCGGGACGAGAUCGAAAGCAAGAAGCGCGAAUUGAACAAGAUCGACCCGUUAAGGGAACUGGAGGACUGGCAGAGCAGCCGGAGCUCCCCAAAAGUUACCAAAUUCAGCCCUGAUAGACAGGCCAAGACGAAGGUACAAGACGCUCCGAAGGAGACUCCGCCUUUCAAGACGUUGGCAUCGUACAUGAAACUGGACAAAGUGUUUGGUCUAAGUGCGGAACAGGUGGAAUUCAUAUGGAAGGGCAGAUGGGCGACCAAAGAAAACACGCUGUGUGCAGUGGUACCACGUCGUGUAUUCGACCAGAUGAUGACUGUGGUCUGGGGGAACCCAGCGUUCGUGCUGCCCCUCCCUAGGACAACCCCCGACGACCAGCCCACGAGCGAGAAACCUGCCGUAGAGCUGCAUUACGUGCAGUGGAAUGCCGCGGACAAGCACACGGUCCAUUGCAUGAUUACAUCGCUCGCAGAAUACAAACUCCACACGCAGUUUGCAAGGCCGCACACAGUCUUGGAGUUCCACAGAGAACUAGAAGAUACACACCAAGUCGUGCUGAUGAACGGGACAGUCGAGAGCGACUGCAACGUCUCGCUCCAGGAUGCGCACCUGCUCUUGCUCAACGUCCAACGAUUCUACGGCGCGCUGGGGACGGACACUGAUAUUGCCCGCAAGAGGCUGAAACUGCUCCAAGAUUUCACCCAGGGGUCCAGCGAAUUUGACCUCGACCUGCUGAUCGAACUGUCCCAAUCUCUGGACACCUGA